AUGCGAUGCUGGCUGUCUCUCGCUUUCCACUGCGUCUCUGCCUUCCACUCGCAUGCUGAGCAGGGUAACCCCGCCGUGCUAACACGGGGUCUCCGCGGGUGCCCCCGUAUUAAACCCGUAUAAGCCCAGCUGAUAGAACUUUUGGCACUUUUUAGCCCAACUGAGACCCCGCUUUAGCCCAGCUGGGUUACCUAUUUUUCUUACACCCGUUGUUCCCCCGUUUUAGCCCAACUGAGACUAAAAUAACCUCAGAAACACGGGUUUAAUACGGGUACACCCGUUGAGACACCUGCUCAGCAUGCGAGCACUCUAGCCCAACGCGUUUGCGUGUUGCGUCGCGUGUGUCUAGUUCAACUGGGGCAAAUGUGUGAUUGUGCUUGGUCAGAGUGAGGAAGAGAAAAGAAGGUCACACAAAGAGAAAGGGAACACUGCAGACCUUUAUACGUCACACCAAAGGAUCUGAAAGACAUUCAGCGAAAGCAAGCUUCUUGAAAUGCCUAGUGAAGGAAAGAAGGGGAGGAGAAAGAGAGAGAGAGAGAGUGGUCAAUCUGUGAGAUCUAGAACGCGACGAGUUUGGUCACACUUUAAUGCGUUCGAGAAGCAAUUGCAUCACACACUGCAAUGACACUCUAACCUUCUCGAAGGUGCUGGCAAAACAGGUACAAGAGGAUCUUUACCAAGCGAAGGAGAGCGAAGUGUCUCAUUUGAGAACGAUUCGUGUCGCAGAAUUUCUUCAGUUUUGCUUCGUUUUCUUGCAUAAAUUAUCUCAUUAUCGCUUAUAACUUGCUUCAAAGUUGUUCUAUUGUCUUCAUAUCUUAAAUUUGAUCUUUUCAGACAAGUCCUAUUCUUCAAAUGAGUGGAAAUCUCACGACUUCCAUGGAUGUUGAUGAAACCGAACAUUCUGACAUCCGAAGGAUUCAAGAUCCUAAGACGACUCUGAAGGUUUCGAAGAUAGAAGAACUCGAUACUCAACGAGAAGAAUUUCGCAAAGAUUCCGAGAGUCUUACUCUGGAACAACUCAAACGAAAGGUUGGUAAUCUUUUCUUACCUCUAAGAGUCUGUUAAUUAAUUAUCUCUUUUAUCAGGCAGAAAUGUUGGAAGAUAAGGCAACAAAAGCAUCCGCGAAGGCUGCAUUCGCAAGAUCUUACUAUGAGAAUGAGAAGAUGUUAAUUGAGAAGAGACAAGCAGCUCAUCAAGAAAGAAAAAAGGUGAGAAUUUGUUGAAUUAAAUUUAUCAAUCUUCUGGAUUUCAGAAGAAGGAUAUUGUGAAGACACAACGUACAAAGUUGAUGAAACUACAUCGAGCUGAGCGAGACAGGAAGAUUAAAGCAAGAGAUGAAGCCGAUAAACUUCGAGAAGAAGGAGAGUAUUAUUAA